CUUUGGGAAAGAGAGGAGAGAGGAGGAAGGCUGGAGCUGAGAGGGGGACGCCGGACCGUGCUGCAGGAGGGAGCUGAGAUUUGCUCUUGCUUGUGCUUUAGCAGGGAGAAGCGGAGCACAUGGAUUUCUAAACACGCUGGGAUUUUAUACAGCUACAAAAAUAAGAACGACAACAGAACCUGACCCUACCGAAAGCAGUCAAAUGAAUCGUAAUUGCAGAUCAAUGCAGAGAAAUGGGGAAACUUCACUCGAAGCAUGCCGCCGUUUGUAAACCCAGGGAAAGUCCGGAAGGUGAUAGUUUUGCGGUGAACGCCUCUCUGGCUCGCAAAGGGCUGGAGGACUGGAUGGUGAAGCAGAAAUACUCCGGGGGCAGCGGCAGCAGCAGCGGAGGCAGCAGCUCGGGACUUCAAGGCUGCCAGCACCGGGCUGCUUGCGGGCUCUCCAGCGGCAGGGAUUUGUCUGGAGAAGGCUACAGAGACUCUAUUGGUGAUGAGCACUUUCAUCUAGAAGUGGCUUUGCCUCCAGAGAAGACAGAUGGAGUUUGCAGUGGAGAUGAAAAGAAAGCAGAAAAAGAAAGUGACACACGCACAGGUUCCAAGAAGCAACUAAAAUUUGAAGAAUUGCAAUGUGAUGUGUCUGUAGAGGAAGAUAACAGGCAAGAAUGGACCUUCACACUGUAUGACUUUGAUAACAACGGAAGAGUCACACGUGAGGAUAUUACCAGCUUGCUUCAUACCAUCUAUGAGGUAGUUGAUGCAUCAGUAAACCAUUCUCCUAGUUCCAGUAAAACUCUGCGAGUGAAACUUACUGUGGCACCAGAUGGCAGCCAGAAGAAGAAAAGUAUAUUGUUAAAUCAUACUGAUUUGCAGAGUGCAAGGCAUAGGGCUGAAAGCAAAGCCAAUGAAGAGUUAAGAAGCUCUGAAAAGAAGCAACGAGCUUCUCUCAGAUAUCACCAGAGUGAGAACAAUCCAGAGCAAAGUGAGUGCUAUCGUCAUUGUGUUGAUGAGAACAUUGAAAGGAGAAACCACUAUUUGGAUCUUGCAGGAAUAGAAAACUACACAUCAAAGUUUGGGCCAGGUUCUCCUCCAGCAGUUCAAAAACAUGACCCACCAAGCAGAGUUGUGAGUCAAACUAGAUCCCGUUCCCACGAACCUGAAACCUUCCAUGCCCACCAUAGGAAAUCUCAAGUGGUGGAUCCAAGCCACAUCAAUCUGGCUGAGAGUUCUUAUGCCAAGAUCGCAGAAAUCCAACAGAGGCUCCGGAACCAGGACUCAAACAAGCACUUUGUGAGAUCUCCCAAGGCCCAGAGUAAAAAUGUUGCUCCUGUGCAUUCUGGAAGGGCAGUAAGAAAUAAACCUUUUCAAGCAGGGGCCAUGCCAAUGGCCUCCCCAAGUGCACGGGUGGGCCAGAAUCUUCCUUAUCUCCCCUUGCAGUCUCAGCAGGUUCACAAGAAGCAUAAGCAGAGAGCAAAGGAGAAUCACCAAAUGUGCAAAACCUUCCAGUCUCCAGGGACAGUUGUAGAAAAGGAACAUGUGAGAGACCUGCCAACAGUCAUUCUAUAUGAAGGUCAAGUUGGACAAAUGAUACAGAGACAUGAACACCACCACCACCACGAGCACCACCACCACUACCAUCACUUCUACCAGACAUAAAACAGAUCCCACCAACAUCCUCCAGGAAUCAUCCCAUAUGAAGGAAGCACGUUCUUGUGACACCAGAACUAAGGCAUUACUGAUUAAUAUUAUUGUUACUCCAUUAAUAUUCAGCUAGCAUUUAUUUUAGAGGUUAUAUGGAACUCUUGAAACUCACUCUAUUUAUAUGUUGUGGAACUGCAUAGCUUACUUAAACAACUUGUGGAUUUUUAUUUUAAAGUGGCUUGUAAAACAGCAAACAGCCAUAGCUUUUUGAGCUGUGAUUUAAUGCAGGUCGUCAACGCACUUCUUUACAAGUACUACUUCCAUUGUAGAAGGAAAGAUACUUCAAACACUAUUGCAGACAUCUAGCUUACCAGUCUGCUUGCUGUAUGUCAGCUGAUCGCACACAAGCCUUUUAUCAGGGGAGCAAUGUUCGAAGUUUUGGACUCCAGAGAUGCUCAGAAUAACAGAAAAUACAAACAGCUGCUACCUCUAGUAUUAUUCAGAUUUUAUUUUCUUUUUAUUGAUUGUAAUGUGCUACAGGGGGAAUUUUAAUAUACUGCAUUGGUGUAGCCUGUUUGUGUUCACAUCCUUUCAAAUUAUCUUAAUUACAUGGAAAUAUUAGCUAUACUUGUCAGCAGAGCUACAUCUGUACAACUUACACUUCAUUUUCUUUGAGAUUCUUCACUGACACAAAUACAGUUUGUUAUGUACUGAGUAGUAUUUAAAUACACUUUUUUUUUUCUCUUGCUUACUCUCCAUUCUGUCUGGGGUAACCAUUUGAAAAGAGGAGGAUGUGAAAUGGUGUUCUCAAAACCAUCACUAAACUUUAGUGCUUGGGCCAUAAGUAUAAUUGAUGGGGGUUUGGGAAGCAGAGGGGUUAUUUGGGGUUUUUGUUUUGUUUAAAUCCACAGUUCUUUGUUUUGAGAAAGAAUUGAGGAAAAUAUACUUUCUCACUUUAAAUGUUGGCAAAUAUAUAUAAGAUAUAAAUAUAAAUAUAUAUAUAUAAAUAUGCACACUCUCAGGUACAUUUUGUUGUGUUUUAGAGAUCUGUGGUUUGAGUAUUAACAUUAUGAUUUUUUUCAGUAACAGUGACAUUAUAAAACGUAACAUGGCAUUUUCAUAGGUGCCUCCAAUUUAAAUUUCUGCAGCACCUACCAAUUUGUGAUUCUCCCAUUUUAGAGACAAUUCAACAUGUAAAAAAAGAUCUUUCACAGUCAUUCUGGCCUCUUCUACUUUUUUCAUAUCAAAGAGCUUCCUUUCUAUGAGGGAGAAUGAGACCAUGCUCAGAAGACCGUACUGGCUGCUGAGAAAUUUGAGUCAAAAGCAAAUUGUAAAAAUGGAAAAAAGGGUCAGUGCAGUCAAGAUUUACUUUCUGUGGGGCCCAGCUUUAUAAUACAUUCGAUUGGGUUUUAUAAAGUUCACUGUUUCGCAGGUAGAAAGUGACUGAAAAUCACCUACAUUGCUUUUGGUACUUCGAAGUAGGGAACUCCUCACAUAAAAAUAUAACUGUUCUAUCAAACAUAUUUGCUUUUGGUUUUAAUUAUUUUAAAUGUUGUGGUAUUUUGUCUAUAGUAUAUAUUGUAAAAUGUAACUAUCCCACAUUGUUAUAAGCCCUUCAUGAUUAUCUUUUCACUGACUAGAGUUGAUCAGUCCAAAAAGGAGUGCUGACCAGAACUGCUGACCACAUUUAGAGGGAUGUCGCCCUUCCUCAGAACGCAGAGACGUCAACUUUUACAUAAAAAGUUGAAGGCUUUGCCUUCUUUUGGAAUGGGAGUAGGAUCGCUGCUUCUUGGUAAAUAAGUCCAUCUUUUGUCUCCCUGAAUCAGCAGUAGUUUGGGCUUCUUGUCCUCUUUAAAAAAAAUGCUUUUUUUUUUUUUUUUAAGCUGUCAACAGUGUAUUCUGUUAAAUCUAAAAAAAUGUUUUGAAAAUGUGUUUGAUCUGUGUGACAACUAUACUGUUCUGUUUAUUUUUUAAAUUCCUAAAGUCCAAAAAUAUUUAUAUUCAGAACUCUCUGUAUUGAAAACGUGAAAAGGCCACAAAUUUGGUUAGUUACCACUGAGUUGUUCUAGUCUAAGCCUUUUUUGCUGCUUGUAUAUCAUUCUUUUCAAUGUAUAUAUAAUUAUGGACUGCAAAAAAAAGGCAUUUAUAUGUCUAGUAGAAGGAAUAAGCUUAUUUAUAUUAUAGUGUUAACAAAGUCUGAUGUAUUCGAGUGACUUACGUUAUACCGCAUGCAAACACACAAGUGUACAUUCCAUCCAAGGAGGGAUGCCAUGCUAUUUGUUUUGAAAACAUACUUAAAGCUGUUCUCUUUUCAGUGGGACAUAUGCCAGAAAGACUGGGAGGUGGGAGUUAUUUCCUUGUCAAUUUUUCUAAUGCAGACCAUUGCUGAAAACCAGAAAAUGUUCUGGAAAAGGGCUGCAAAGGGGCAUAAAAGCUCAAAGAUAAUUUUGCUUGAAAAGAUAACAGCACCAAUAACAAAAUUCCAUCUGAAUGAGAAGUGUGCAGUACUAGCUGUGCAAGUGAGCUUUGGAAUGUAACACAACUGGCCAUUGAAUACAGCCUUGCUUUAAUUUGGUUGGUGUCUUAUAUUUGGAGAUUCAAAAGACACAUUCUGCCUUGUUUAGAUCCUGUGAAAUACAAUCUGCUAAUAACGUGGCAUCCCCAUGCUAAAACUUUACACCGGCCAUGUAUGAACAUGCAGUAUCCAAAUACUGUUCUGCAGUUGUGUUAUGUGCAUUAAGUGUGAGUAACAUGUAGCACAGUUUCUUUUCACAGAACCUGAACUUUCCGUAUCUUUUAAAACGUUUGCUUUUCAGUAUUUUGUAUAGUAAAUAUAGAUGGUUUUGACUAAAUGCUUUAUUUAUUUAACAGCAAAAACUGUGCCAAGAGAACCCCCUGUUAAUUAAAGUUUUACUAGUUCAGAAAGUAUAUUUCCUUCUUCUUCUCGUGGAUUUCAGGAGCUUAUUGCAAUUGCUGUCAGUGCUUGCAGAUCUCACUGAUGAAAGAGCUUGCAUUAACGUUUUUGGGAAUAGGAUCAGAUCAUGAGGUAUGGACUUGCUAUGCUUUGGCUUUAUAAUUAAAGUGCUAACUUUAAAAAUUAAAUUUCUUGUUCCCUACUAUUAGAGCUGCGUCAUGUAACUGAUUUUUCAGGUUGGUUUUAAUUCUGAAAACCUUAAAAAAUCAUAAUUUGAGUGAGAGGGGUUAAAACUGUGGCCAAAUCUAAAAUUAAAAGCGUUUAGUUUCUGGUCAAAAAAAACAUUUAAUUUCCAAGGAGAAAAAAAUAGUGUUUAGUAUGUUGUUACUGUUUGAAAAUAAA